AUGGCCUGCACCCAAUGCCGCAGCCGCAAAUUGCGUUGCGAUCGUGAGUAUCCGAGUUGUGGCCGUUGUACUAAGAGCAGGACACCUACAAAAUGUACCUAUGAAGAUGGCUUCUUAUGGCAGCAGCCCGCCACUGUGCCUGCUACGGCUUUCGCUGCAGACCGGGGCUCCACUGUCUCAUUGGGCCCGAAUGAGCAGACCCCUAAUCAGAGAACCCCAAACUCGGGUUUGGAAACGGCCUCAAUUCAAUCAGAUACCCUUCAUUCGACAGGUGGUGCUGGCUCCGCGCCAACCCGAUUUGAAGACCCUCAUCAUUACCACAAUGGCAGGGCAAAAGGACACCACGGCCGUGAACGUGGCUUUCUCGAGACUGUCCUAGGAGCCCCCAAAGCCGCUGUCAACCAAGAACCAUAUGUAAAUACGGGCCUUCUGCAGCGGCCAAAACGUGCUUUGCCUGAGCCAAAAACAUAUUUCGCCUUGCGCGUCGACGGCGAAGGUAUUGAUGAUGAGAAUUCUGAGAACGAACUUUCGCCGACGCAGCAGCUUGAUCUGUCGCCUCGGAUCAUGAUGAGAGGCCGUGAAACUAAGACUCGUUUCAGUGGCUCAGGAAUAUAUGCAAAUCUCGUGGCCCAGUUCCCCGAUAUCCGAUCCUUCGCAGAGGAAAUCAGAAUAUCAAACCCUAUUCUUUCAAGGGUCCGACCUGACCUGGAGAGAGUCAAGCGUGGCCUAUGGAAGGUCAAGCCGCUGAAUACGCCAUUUCCGGAACCUACAACGCUGUCAUUGAUUUCUUUACUGCCGCAGCGCCAGGUCGUCGACGAACUAAUCGGUCUGUACCUGACUUACAUCGAAUCCACACACCGCAUCUUUCACAUCCCUACUUUUCUGAAGGAGGUAGAUGACUUCUUCUCCAAGGUCGAUGACCCGAACAUGAUCUCAACGGUAUUUGUGGUGCAGCUUCUGCUGGUGAUUUCCUGUGCUUGGAAUCUUGCAGAUGCCAGCAGUUUGCAAGAGAAAAGCUCUGUUUCACUCAAAUGCUACACGGCGGUGGAGUGGGUUCUGCACGCAGAAAGGUGGAUCGAAAAUGCGCGCAUCAAACGCUUUGAGAUCAGUGCUUUACGGCUUUACAUUCUUUUGGUCACGGCUCUAAAUGCCCAUGGCAUGAAACGCAGCAAGGCCUGGGUCACCACUGGCUCCCUAGUCCAAAAUGCCAUGCUGUCGGGGUACCAUCGCGAUCCAAGCAAAUAUGCGCGGAUUUCCCCGUUCAACAAGGAAAUGCGACGGCGUAUCUGGACCACGAUUGUGGAGUUGAACCUGCAGAUUUCCUUUGAUCGAGCCAUGCCACCGUCAGUGCAAAGCUCCGACUACGACACCUUGCCCCCUCUGAAUAUCGACGACGAAGAGAUCAAUGAGGCUUCUACCGAGGUACCGGAGGACCGGCCCCUGACUGAUAUCACCGACUGUUCGUUCCAGGUUGCCCUUACGCAGUCUCUACCUCUUCGCCUCAAAGCCUGCCAGCUGAUGCACUCUCCUCGCAUUAGCUGUCGAUACGAGGAAAUCCAACGUCUUGACUUGGAGUUGAGCCGACAGCUCUCGCGAAUUCCUAUCUGGAGUGCGUCCGAUGCCAGCGACAUAGUUACCCAGCACAAAGUCAGUUUACGAAAGGCCACGAUGGAGUUAAAAAUCGCGCAGGCUCUGCUCUCGAUUCACACUCCGUUUGCGAUUGAAGCCAGAGAGGAAGCUCUUUUCGCCCCCUCGGCUAGAUCCCGCUUGGAUGCCGCAAUCAUGAUACUUUCCACCCAGCGCCAGCUGCACGCGACCUCGCUGGCGCUGUCACUUUGCACCCUUGGGGAGUGGAUACUUCAGGCAUUCGUAUCCAUUUGCCAACAUUUACAUACCAUGGACCAUCAAAAUUCUCUUCCGUCACAUCCGUCAUCUUCUAUCUUCACGAUGCACACUCUGCCAGGUUUGCCCGAUUCCCUGUUAUCCUUGGUGGAGGCGGCCCUCACCUUUCUCGAAGGUCGGUUCUUACUGGUCGUCAAGGGUGCUAAGGACUAUUUUUUCCUGUCAACCAUUGUCGCACUGGUCAAGGCCAAGCUCUGGCCCGCCCAGGCGCUCAUUUACAAACAGCAAGUGGUGGAGCGGGUACUGUCCUUUGCGCAGACCAUGUUUUCGCGUCACGCGACCUGUGAGCACUUGGGAACGCCAGGUAUGGGCAGUUUCAAGAAUAACCAGGUGGCUGCCUUCAUCGCAACCCCCGGAAUGGCAGCCGUCCUUCCAUCCGACUUCGACGGCAUCCUCCCGCCGCCCAACCACGACAUAACAGUAAGGCUUCUAUUCCUUCUGGUGACCCUUCGUGCUUUUCUCACAGUCCUGCAGCCACCCGGAGAGUUCGACCCCUUUUUAGACGUAUUUGACUGGGAGGAUCUGACAGGAAUCGCUCUCGGCAAUUGA